UUGGGAUCAUAGUCAUUGUGUACUGGAGAAUCAAGACUACGUUGGUUUUAGUGGUUUCCCUUGAUGACAUUUUUUUGUGAUUGAAACGUUGAAACAGUCAGUGUGUGAAGGCAAAAAAAGAAUAAAUAUAAUAUUUCUGUCUUCUAGAUUAGUAUUCUAAAACAGUAUGGAAGACUGAUGCAAGGAAGAGUUAAAUAACCCAAAGAGAUGAAGUUUUCUUUGACGUAUAUAUUAUUUGCUGUUGUAUUUGCUUAUAUUGCUCAUUCCACUUGGGUCUUAUAUCAACUCUUUAACCCAAAACCAUGUACAGUGGGACAAUGCUUAAAGGCUUAUGCUGCCAGAAAUCAUAAACUAGAGAUGCAAGUCUAUACCUCUAAAAAACAAACUCAAAUCAGUGAAACAGAUUUAACUUUAGUAUGGAAAAAUGAUAAUUUUGACAUCCACAAAACAGAAGAAAGGAAUUUUAAUAUCUCUAUUCCUAAUAAAACAAGAAGAAAUGGAACCCUUUAUGUCCAUGUUUUUGUUUUGCCAAAGAAUGCUGAUCCUUUUGCAACAGAAUAUGUGACUCAUCGGUAUACAGCUUUAACAACAUAUAUGUUACCCCAGGCACAGUUUAUUAAUCUCUUACAAGAUAGAGACAAUAAUAAGAGCAGUAAAUCAAAUACACAAGGUAGACCAGUUACUCACUGGAGACAGAAAUUAACAAUAAGUGUUAUGGAAGAUACUAUAGCCUUUGAUAGAUUUAGUAUACCAGCAGAAAUAUUUAGAUAUAUGACAAUAACACGUGCUGGUGAAUAUUUACCUAUUGUUUAUAUAGAUGAAUUAUCUUUAAGAACCAAAGAUUUAUUAGAAGUAAAUUCAAGUACUACAACAUUACCAUUAACUCUUACUUAUACUCCUAUAUCUGUGGGUAAAUUGCGUAUGUGGGCAAAUGUCUUGGAAUCAUUUAAAAUGUUACGAGGACUUGGUUUUACGGAGAAAGAUACAGAUGAAAUUAAAGGGAUUUUUUCUGAUACAAAUUUCUACUUCUUAAUAUUAACAUUUACUGUAGCUGUCUUUCAUCUACUGUUUGAUUUCCUGGCUUUUAAAAAUGAAAUAAGUUAUUGGAAAGAGAGAAAAGAUAUGGUAGGAUUAUCAUCAAGAGCAGUUAUAUGGCGAUGUGUAUCUACUAUUGUUAUAUUUAUGUAUUUAAUGGAUGAAAAUACAAGCUUAUUAGUUCUAAUACCCGCUGGUAUUGGAACUUUAAUUGAGGUGUGGAAAGUAAAGAAAGCUUUUAAAAUCAAAGUAGUAUGGAGUGGAAUUAUACCUAGCUUCGAGUUUGGUGAAAAAGAUGCAAGAGAGAAAGAAACUGAAGCUUUUGAUUCUCAGGCGAUGAAGUAUUUAUUGUAUGUUUUAUAUCCGUUGUGUAUACUAGGUGCUGGCUAUUCUUUAUUAUAUGUCCAGCAUAGAAGCUGGUAUUCCUGGGUUUUACAAAGUCUUGUUAAUGGUGUUUAUGCUUUUGGCUUUUUGUUUAUGUUACCUCAACUAUUUGUUAAUUAUAAAUUAAAAUCAGUGGCCCAUUUACCAUGGAGAGCUUUUAUGUAUAAGGCUUUCAACACAUUUAUUGAUGACAUAUUCGCAUUUAUUAUCACUAUGCCAACAGCUCACAGAUUAGCCUGUUUCCGUGACGAUCUAGUAUUUUUAGUGUAUUUAUAUCAAAGAUGGUUAUAUCCAGUUGAUAAGACUCGUGUUAAUGAAUUCGGGAUGUCUUAUGAAGAGGAAAAGAAAGACAAAGAGGAAAGUAAAAAGACCAAAUAACAUGUAAUUAGAUGUCUGUCUCAUUAUUUAAGUGUGGGAUUGGGGAGUGAGUUUUUUUUUGAUUAUUUAAAAAUAUUAAUUUGACAAAACGUAAAAAGAAAAAUUGAUACCCAUUUUGAAAAAAGCCCACAAAAUUAUUUUCUAGUCAAAUAUUUUGUGUUAAUUUGUUUUGUAAUAUCUUGUUACAUGAAAUUGUUUUAGAUUGAUUAAUAUAAUGUUAACAUAUACACUGUCGGUUUAUGAGUCACCAUUUGGAGUCAUUGUUUGUUGGAGCUAUGAAAUGGUAGAUAAAAUGAUAAAAUAGAUCAUUGAAUUUUGUCUUUUUGUCACUUUAAUUCAAAUUUAACAGACAUUGAAAUUUAAAGGCUAAAAAUCCAAGACAGUUUUUCAUUUUAUUUUCAAAUGACUUUGAAAGAAAAUUUUCUAUAUUGAAACAAGGGUAAAAUGAAAGGUUUUCAGUUUUAUUUUUGAGUGGAAAUGUAAAAUAUGCCAAUCUGAAAUGUUUUGUUGACAAAGAGCUGUGACCAUGAGUAAUGUAUAUUUAGGAAUAAUGAAUUAUAAAAAUAGGAAUUUUGUUUUAUUAUUUUUUUUAAAUAAUACAGCAAAUUUUACAUUCAAUGUACAUAUAAUAUCUAAAUUUAAAUUUGGUUUAAAUAGGCCUCAUUUUUUAUUUUUCAAGAAAUACUCAAACAUCAAAAGGUACUAAAAUUGAUUAUUUAACCAUAGAACUGCCCUAAGAAAAUCAGAACCAUCAAUUAAAUACUUGUUAUUUGAUAAGAAUCCAGUGAAAUAUAUAUUUCGAUAAAUGUUGACCACAUCUUUGGUCAAUUAUGGAAGUUUUGGUUUACGUUCAGUUUGACCAUAUCCAAUUUUUAUCGUCUGAAGAGGAUUGCGAUUGUUACGAAAUUUUCAAUUGAUCACAUCUCUGUAAAUACUGAAUGGAAUGGAACCUUUUUGUGAUUGAUACUCCUUUUGGAUAUUAUAGUUGGCCAGAUAUUAACAAACCCUCAAAUGACGCUCGGAGACUUGAAUUACAUAAAGACAAAUCAUCCAAUACAUACCUAUAAAUUUCAGUAUACAAUUAGCUAAUAUGUCUAAUCCAAAUAGCAGAAAUAAUUUAUAAGGUGGAGGUUAAUGAAAAUAUGGAUUUUGUGAAUUUCAGGGCUAGAGAUAUUUUAUGUGUUUUUUGUUGAUUCCAAAUUAAACUUCUGGGACCAGAAAUAUGACCAUUUAGUUAAAGACUUGAUAAUUUAGAAAUGGAAUAAAUUAAAAUGAAUUUAUAUUUAGCUUUUAAAUUGUAUAGAAGUUUUAAACUUAUUGUAUAUUUGAUUUAUGUAUUUCUACAUGGUUUUGUCUGAUGUUUUAUAGAAUAAAAAUAUUUCAUUUC